UUCCCAGCUGUUUUAAAGCAGUGCCCGACAAUUUAAGAUAGUAAAACCAUGGGAAGUUUGCUCGAAACGUAUUUUCCCUGCUGUUUUCUCUCAUUGCGAAGUUCAUUGUAUAUAAUUAAAAGGCAAGCAAGAAAGAGGGGAGUGGACGUUCGGUUGUGCCGUGGAGCUGGAGUGAAACGUAGAGUGUAAUGUAAUGUAAACGGGGUGGGACCAAACAAGCCGUUCAUAAAGGAGGGCAGGAGAGGACCGCGCCGAAGUGCGCGCUUGCUGUCGUAUAUGCAGUUCAUAGUGGCUGUCAGAGGGCUGUGCCUGUGUGAGGACUGUGCUGAACACGGAGUGGAAGAGGCUGUGCAGGAAGCUGUGCAGUAAGCAGGAGGGCGGGGAGUAGCCACGCCCGUCGGCCUCCAUGCUGAUUACUCUCAGUGUGGCCACCAAGGAGCCUCAGGCCUUUCAUGGAGCACCGCCGGGCAACUCCUUCAGCUCCACGGCGGAAGUGACCUCCAUGGACACCCUCCCCGUCCCACCGCCUCCGCUCCCCCCUCCCCCACCGCCCCCGCCGCCUCCACCGGCUUUCACCCCCCUGAACCGCCGGGAUUCCGCCCGCCGCUCCCGGCUGCGCAACCUCAACUGGGAGCGGAUCCCCAAAGAGCGCGUGGAGGGGCGGAGGAGCGUGUGGAGCGGGGUGGCCAUCGCCGAAGACUUCGCCAUCGACCUGCGCUCGCUGGACGAGCUCUUCAGCCAGAAGGAGACGCAGCCUGCGGACAAAGUGCCCAGCUUCAGACGCAGCCUCAUACGCUGCGGGUCGCCCCAGGACCCCAGUGCCGACAAGCAGGUGUCCCUUUUGGAUGCCAAACGAAGCAUGAAUGUGGGGAUAUUUCUGCGACAGUUCAAGAGCGCGGCCAGCGAGAUUGUGCAGGACAUCAGGCAGGGGGCCGGGGAGAGGUACGGGGCCGAGAAACUGAGCGAGCUCUGCAAACUUCUGCCCGACAGCGAAGAGGAGAAGAAGCUGCGGUUGUUCAGUGGGGACCGCAGCCGCCUUGGAGAGCCUGAUCUCUUCAUGGUUCUGCUGGUGGAAGUACCCAGUUUUCGGCUGCGCCUGGAUGCCAUGAUCUUGCAGCAGGAGUUUGACCCUGCCGUGACCUCUCUGUGUGUGGCGGCCCGAUGUCUGGGGGAGGCGGCCAGAGAGCUGCUGAACUGUCAAGAGCUGCACUCCAUCCUCCACCUGGUUCUGAGGGCCGGGAACUACAUGAACGCUGGAGGAUAUGCUGGGAAUGCAGCUGGCUUCCGCAUUGCCUCACUGCUCAAACUUGCUGACACCAAAGCCAACAAGCCAGGCAUGAAUCUGCUACACUUUGUGGCCAUGGAGGCAGUGAAGAAGAACCCAAGCUUAUUAUCUUUCUCCAGUCAACUGAGCCACGUGGGUCCAGCCUCCAGGCAGUCUGAAGAAUCUGUGCAGGAGGAUCUCUCACGGUUACGGAUCAGGGUUGAGGCGCUGCGUGCCAACGUUCAGACAGAAGUUGAGAUCCAGCAGCAGAUGCGGACUUUCCUGGAGUGUGCAGAGGGGAGGUUGGGGGAGGUGGAGGCCGAGGUGGAGGCUUUGCAGAAGGCCAGCCAGGCCCUGGUGGAGUUCUUCUGUGAGGAUGAAACUAUGUUUAAGCUCGAGGAGGCCUGCCGCAUCUUCUACUCUUUCUGUCAUCGCUUUCAGAGAGCUGUCCAGGAGAACGCAGAACGUGAGCUGCAGGAGCAGCGGCGGGCGGAGCGACAGAGGGAGAGCGCAGAGAGGCGCCGUUCCAUCGCGGCCUGCGCAGAGCUGGGGCUCGGGCAGGGCCAGGACGACCUGGAGCGCACCCUGGAGAAGAGCCUCAGCUAUACCUGGCAGCGCCGCAGCCUGCGCCACCAUGAGGCCCGGAGGACCUCGCACCAGUUCAGCGCCCCCGGGCGGCUCAACUCCGACACCUCCCCCAGCCAGCUGGGACUAGCUGAGACUGCGUGCAUUAAGCAGGAGCUGAACAGGGACACUGCACACGGCACGCAAGGACUGGAUGCUAAUGUUGCACACAGCAGACAAGGCGUUAACACUGAUACCGUGGACAGCAAACAAGGACUGAACACUGAUUCUCUACACAGCAGACAGGAACUGAGCACUAACGCAAUGCAGAGCCAACAGGAGCUGACCACUGUUGCCCUUCCGAGCUUACCGAACCUCAGUACAAACGCCACACCCAGCCGACAAGACCCACCCAGCGACUCUACGCACCGGAUGCAUGGGCUGAGAAGUGAGGAGCUCCCUGUAAACACCAGGCUUGAGAAAGAGGAGCGUUCUGCUGAUACUGCACCGGAGCUGCCAUUUGAUAGCGCACACAGAGCCUGGGGCCCUGCUCCCAGCCCGUCAGAGAGCAUGUCAGUGAUGGUCGCCCAGGGCGGCGAUCCGACGGCCGACGAGCCGUCCGUGGAGAGCGCCCGGCUGCUGCGCCUGGUGUCUGAGAGGGUGCUGAGGCAGCAGGGGAGCCUGGGAGGGGCCUGCCCAGCCGAGGUGGACAUGCAGCCCGAAUCGAUGGUACCGGAGCCCGUCCCGCUGCUGGCGCAGGACGCAGACCCGCCCAGCCGGGGGGGCGAUCAGAUGUACCCCCGCGUGGGCGAGACUCUGGAGUGCCACACCCUGGUGCGGGGCCUGCGCUCCUACGAGAGCAUGACCACGCCCAUCCCCCGGCCCGCGCCCAGCCACUGCUCCAAGUGGAGGAAGGAGAGGGAGGCGGACGAGCGAGACGGAGCGAAGUCCCCCCAGAACAGGGACGACGGCCGCAACGGCAAGGACCCGGCCCGGGGACCGCGAAGGGGCCUGGCGCCACGACUGGGGUCUCCUGGCAACCCUGGCGUGCCCAGGGUUCGCAGCAAGGCGGAGUCCGCGCUCGCUGACGACGGGCCUCCCGCGCGCCUGUCUCGGCUGCCCCCCCCUCGCAGCGCCUCCGUGCGCUCAGCCGCGCCCGUCCGGCCGUCCGCCGUCCAGCCCGAACUCAAACGGGCCGCCAGCGCGCGGGACAAAGUGCGGGUCGCGGCCGAUCCGGUGGGAAAGCCUGGCCGGGGCCUUCCGGAGAGGACCAAGCCCGAGAAGGACAAGGCGGGGGGGGCCGUCCCGGGUGGGUUCGUCAGGGGCUCCCCCCUGCGUGUGACCAAGCGUCUUGCCCCUAACUCCGAGUCCCACACCCCCUCCCCGCUCCGCUCAGUUCAGAGCCCCUCCUCCAGCACCGCUAAGACCAUUCGCAAAGCCGUUAUCACUGCUGCAGCUAUGAAAACUGCCAAGAACUGUGAGUCCAGCAAGCCCAAGAGCCCAGGGACAAGACUGCCUGGGCCCAAGGUGUCCCGUCCUGCCUCUCAGCCUGCCUCUCAGCCUGCCUCCCAGUCUGCCUCUCAGCCUAUGUGGAGGUGAACCGUGAACACCAAUAUAUAUAUAUGUAAAAGUACAUGUAUAUAUAUCAUGUAUAUAUAUUUAUGUGCAUACAUCCACAGGAAACUAUAUGUAUCUGGGUAUGCAUGCAGUCUUUUAAACUGAGCUUGAAGAGAUGGGCAAUGCAUUUCCUUGAGGUCUGCACUUCUUCUGUGCCUCCCCCAGUGCCAUCUCCAGAAACCUUCACCUGAUAUUGAACUCCUGCAUCCGUCAUUGUUGGGAACUAUGAGCGCCCCCCUCUCUGUAUUCCCAAGUGAAAGUGAGGAACACCAGAAUCACAGGGGCAGAGGGGGCAACUGACUUUAUUGUUAGCCCUAUCUACUGCCAUCUGCUUAGAUUUGUGAAUAGAGUCACUGUACUUUCUCAUGCCAAGUGCCUCUGUUAUGUAUAUGGGAAAAAUGUGACUGUUGGGAUACUGCACUAUCUUGUCCAGCUACUACUACCUCCAGCCACUAGGGGGCCCUGUGCAGGUAAUGGGGCACCUCUGGGGGAAUCCCUCAGUAUACCUCCAGGCAUAUACCUGAAAUGCAUUACCCCCACUGUGUAUCGGACCUUAUUCAUUUGCUUUUGGUGUCUCAAAGAAGUACAACACUUAAAAGCUAGCAUGUGUAUUGACAUCAUUCUCCUCUGCCUAUACGUGUUUGCUAGUCUUCCAAAGUACUUGAUUUUCAUCAGAUUAUGUUCUGAAGUCUAAGGGCAGAUAGUACAAUGUGACCUCACAUGUUCAGGUGGCUGUUGGUUUAGCUCUUGCUGCAUGUGUAAGUUAUGGGGAGCAGUUCUAAUUUUUCCAAGUUCCUGCUUUAGCCCCAGUCUUAUCUUUGCCUCUUCCUGUCUUGCCAUAUACUCUAGGACUGUUCCAUUCCAUCUACAUCUUCAGGUUCAUGCCCUAGAUUUUCCUGCAUGAAGAAAGGCUAAAAAGUCUUUAGCCCUAACCCAUUCAACUCAUGAGAAUUUUGACAGAACAGAAAAUUAAUUGCAUUUAUUCAGCACAAUUGGUUUGAUGUGAAUGUCAUUUCAAAGGUCAGAACAUUAAACUUCAUGUAUUAUUAUUAUUUUUUGCAAACACACACACACGUUCUUUAAUGGUCCAGCCCAGCACUAGGUACAGAACUGACCACACUCAGACUCUCUCAGCGGGACCUUCUCUUCCUGGUGCACUUUAGAAACUGAAGAGGGAUUGGUGCUGGGUGUAUGUAUUGCAUUAUUAUAUGUGGGAUAUGUUUUGUUAUUGUUUUUGCUGAAAAAAGAAAAAAUAAUUUAACAGAAUAAAUGAUUAUUACCUGGUGUAAUUUUUGUAUUACAGACAUUUGUACAUAAGAGAAAGUAAAAUAAAGAUGGUCAUCGCAAUCA